CGGCACGACGGGAAGUUCGACGACGAGCAUGAGCGCAAAGCACGAAGCCCUGCAUGCAGCGAUCUGGGGCGGCGCCGCCACCAACGGACCAGCGCCCCUGUCGAUUGGCCGCCAAUACGUUGUUGUCGCGCUGCGCUUCAUCUUGCUUGUUGCGUCGGCGGCGUAUGAGAGUGCGUGGACAACGGACGCGGCCAAGGCAACCGGUAUUGCGCUUGCGCUGUACCUCUUGGCGUUCCUUCUCUUUGCGCGACGCCAGCUACCACUCUACAUUCGGCUGGUCUUCUUCCUCACACUGCUCAGCGCGUUCGCCGACGUGGGCCGCCCGCUUGUGCAGUUGCGAGGUCGAGAGCCCAUGGACUGGCCUCAAGCGACCUUGUUCGCUGCGACGCUCUCUGUUGCCUGUGCCAGUGUUGGCAUCAACAUCCACAUCUUGUACCAAGUGGUACAGCAGUCGUUUACCAACAAACAACGUCGCAAGCUGGCCAAGAAGCAGUCGUAGCUGUGUGCUGUAGCCGCCGUCAACGACCACUCUCUGGACUUGUCCUCGAUGGUGUGGCCCCCCGCGCCCCUCCACGUUGUACACGACAACAUUAUCGUUGAGAUAUGGAGAUAGAGUCAUAUUAGAAAGCUGACGUUCAAAGGCGCAAGGUUGUAAAUGCGUGUCACGGCUAGUGC